UCUCUUCCUCUUUUACUCUGUUUUAUGAGCAGUCACACCAGUGCACCAGGAGAGAUCGUCGGUUCCUGACAUACCGGUUCAGAAGUCAAGAUGUACCUGAGGUGCUGGCUGGCUCUGCUGCUGGCUCUAGUCCCUGCGACCUUAAGCACCAAACCUGGACUAAAGAUCAAGCUUACAGAAAAAGGCCUUGAAUAUGGUAAAUCACAGAGCAUUGCCGCCCUGCAGCAGAAACUCAAAUCCAUCAAAAUCCCCGACAUUUCAGGGUCAUGGAAGGUGUUGCACAUUGGCGUGGUCAAGUACAGAUUGUCAAAUAUGCAAAUAGUCAACAUUGGAUUACCAAAGACUGAAGUGGAUCUGGUGCCAGGUUCUGCAGUUAGACUGUCUAUUAGCAACACAUUCAUCAGCCUGCAUGGAAACUGGAAGAUCAAGUAUUUGCAUUAUAUGAAGAACAGCGGCUCUUUUGAUCUGAAUGUGAACAAACUCACAAUCACGACAGACAUCGCCAUCAAGAGUGAUGAGACGGGUCGGCCAGCGGUCAGCACUGUCAGUUGCGGAGCCACUGUUGGCAGCUUGACAAUCAAGUUCCAUGGUGGAGCCAGCUGGCUGUACAAUCUCAUUAAAGACGUAUUAGAAAACAAAGCGCGUAAGGAACUGCAGAAACAGAUCUGCCCUCUGGUGACCGAAGCAGUGUCUGAUUUAAACCCUCAGUUGAAAACUCUCAACGUCCUUGCCAAGGUGGACCAGUAUGCAGAGAUCGAAUACUCCAUGGUGUCGUCGCCCACCAUUUCAAACUCCUCUGUGGAGCUCAGCUUGAAGGGGGAAUUUUACAACAUUGGGAAGCACCAGGAGCCUCCGUUCUCCCCUGCAGACUUUUCCCUGCCGCCCCAGAUCGACAGAAUGUUGUACAUCGGCGUGUCUGUCUUCACCGCCAACUCUGCAGCCUUCGUCUAUAACAAAGCAGGAGCCCUCAGCCUGUACAUCACCGACGACAUGAUCCCACAAGGCUCUCCUUUCCGACUCAACACCAAAACAUUUGGAAUCUUCAUCCCACAGAUUGCGAAGCAAUUUCCAGGUCUGAUGAUGAAACUGUUGGUGAAGACAGUGAAAGAUCCCAUCAUUACUUUUCAACCCAACAACGUGACGGUUCAGGCCACCGCCACAGUGACAGCCUACGCUAUCCAACCCAACGCCACACUUGCCCCUCUUUUUGUUCUAAACUUGGAGACCAGCGUCAGCGCCCAUGUGUUUGUUAGUGGAAUGAGCCUGGCUGGAGACGUCGCCCUCAACAAAAUCAAUCUGACCCUGGCCACAAGUUACGUAGGAGACUUUCAGUUCAAACCUCUGGACAACAUGUUCCAAAUGGUCCUCAAAGUGGUGGUGAUACCGAAACUGAAUGCUCAACUUGGUAAAGGACACCCCCUCCCUACAUUUGGAAAGACGAAGCUUGUGAACACCCAGCUUCAAGUCCUAAAGGACUACAUGCUGAUUGGGACAGAUGUUCAGUUCACAGGCUGAACUGCAUUCCAGAGGAUUGUCUUCUGCACUUGGGUAUGCCGCAAUAAAAGCACAAUCACAGCUGGAGAACAACUACCAGACACAAAUUUUAAAGAAGCAUCUAAAUUAAUUUAAAUUCUGCAACAAGAAUGAUAAUAAUAAAGAUCUACAGCUUUGGAUAUCACCUUA